GGCUCCACAGUGCGCAUGCGCAGAAGCACCGCGGAACCUUACACGCACUGGCAUCCUUUUUACUGGUGAAAGAGGAGUUUAAAGCUGUCACGAAGGUAUCACAAUGAAGCGCAUGCUGACUCCCCUGAGCCGCUGGGCCACGCCCACCCUGAGCCGUGCCUCUUACUCCGGCAUGCGCUCGUCCUCCACGGCGGCAUCUUACACCAAACGUGAAGAGAGACCGCUCUCAUCGGAGGAGGUGUUUACACGAGAGGAGCGAUAUGGAGCUCACAACUACCACCCACUGCCCGUCGCCCUGCACAGAGGAGAAGGAAUUCACGUGUGGGACGUUGAGGGCCGCCGGUAUUUUGACUUCCUGAGUGCGUACAGCGCCGUGAAUCAGGGUCACUGCCACCCGAAAAUCGUUUCAGCUCUGAUCGAACAGGCCUCCAAACUCACGCUGACCUCCAGAGCUUUCUACAACGACGUGCUGGGAGAAUACGAGGAGUUCAUCACCUCUCUGUUCAGAUACAACAAAGUCCUGCCCAUGAACACAGGUGUUGAAAGCGGCGAGACGGCGUGUAAACUGGCACGCAAGUGGGCUUACAGCGUGAAAGGCGUUCCUCAGAACCAGGCCAAGAUCAUCUUCGCUGAGGGGAAUUUCUGGGGUCGUACCUUGGCGGCCAUUUCCAGCUCCACCGACCCCAGCAGCUACGAGGGGUUUGGACCCUUCAUGCCUGGGUUUGAGCUCGUGCCCUACAACGACAUCCCGGCUCUGGAGAAAGCUCUUCAGGACCCUAAUGUUGCUGCAUUCAUGAUGGAGCCCAUCCAAGGGGAAGCAGGUGUUGUGGUACCUGAUCCAGGCUACCUGUGCAAAGUGCGUGAGCUGUGCACCAAAAACAACGUUCUGUUUAUCGCAGACGAAGUACAGACAGGUUUGGCUCGUACAGGACGCAGGUUGGCUGUAGACCAUGAGAAUGUGAGGCCGGACCUACUGUUGCUGGGGAAAGCUCUGUCUGGAGGGCUGUAUCCUGUGUCUGCAGUGCUGUGUGAUGAUGAGGUGAUGUUGACGAUUAAACCAGGUGAACACGGCUCCACCUACGGAGGAAACCCCCUCGCAUGCAGAGUCGGCAUCGCCGCCCUUCAGGUCAUGGAGGAGGAGAAGCUGGCAGAGAACGCAGAAAAAAUGGGGAAGAUUUUGAGGGCGGAGCUUAACAAGUUGCCCAAAGAGAUUGUAACAGUGGUGCGAGGGAAAGGCCUCCUCAACGCCAUUGUCAUCAAGGAGACUAAAGAUUAUGACGCCUGGCGAGUGUGUUUGCGUCUCCGUGACAGCGGUCUAUUAGCCAAGCCCACUCACGGUCACAUCAUCAGGUUGGCCCCGCCCCUCAUCAUCAAGGAAGACGAGAUCAGGGAGUGUGCAGAAAUCAUCCAGAGAACCAUCUUGUCCUUUUAACAAGCUCCUGAUCAUCAAUAAUAAUUACAUUUUAAUCCAAAACUCCUGAGGACAGAUAAAUAAAUACCAGACGAGUGUUUUUAAGUUAAUACAUUUAUCACAAGAUGUAAUGAAGUGACACGUAGGAAUGUAAAAGUGAGGCUGUUUAUUUUAGGCUAAGCCUAGUUCUAGCCUCAGACCUUUUAAAUUAGAAAUGGACUUGUUUAGUCUAGGACUAAUAUAGAGAAAAAACUUUUCCCAACUUUUCUUUUGUUUUAUUGAACAUUAUGAUUAAUUAGCCUAGCUCGUAGUAGCAGGUACUUGAAGGGUUCUGUGUAGACUGUGUGUGUGUGUGUGUUGUGUGCGUGUGUGUAUGUUGCUCAUACACCUGACUCAGGUGUUAUAAUAGGCUAACGUAGCUAACAACGAAUGCAAGUCUUUGACCACCAGUUUAGCCUCCUGAGUGAACGUGUGCGAUUUAGACAUGCAGAUUUAGCACAUGAGGCUAAACUGGUGGCUGUAAGCUCAUAUUACUUAGCUUGUAGCUCUAAAGCUUCAAACGCACGUGUUAGCAUUUGCAGAAACGCAUCAUGUCAUUUCACAUUUAACAAAUUGCCUUGAAAGGAUUCAUCUGAAAAUAUACUCUAUGUUCCUGAACACAUACGAAGCUAAAGUCUAGACGAAAUAAACGAUGGGUUUUGCACCGAACUUUGGAAGAACCGUAUUGAAUGUAAUUUGUUACAAACAUAAAACUGACCAUUCUGGAGCAAAAUUCUGUGAAAAAGAAAACUCGAGUCAGCUGUAAAACAUCCCACAUAUUGAUUAGCGAUUUAUCUGCUUGGUAUGAUCACAUCCACACAAUUCUGAUAAGCCUGAUAAGGAUUUUAAAUAAUCAGUGUUCCUUUAUAACCUCUGUUAUAACGAGUUAAAGAAAUGUACACUAAAUUCUCCUUUAGCCCAAAUUUACUCGAACAUCCAACAAGGCUUCUGAUAACAAGCGCCAGAAGCUAAUAGCUACCAUUUUAGCACAUAGCUGAAGACAGCUUCAUUAUUGAAGUAUUUUUGUCAUAGAACAAUAUUUCUUGGAACCAAUCAUCGGUGUGCAUCUCUGGCUCCUCCCACUCCGAAGUGAAAAGUCUUUCUAGACCAGCGUGUCUUUGUAUCCAUAUAUGGACUAGUGGGCGUGCCUUUGAAUCCAUAUAUGGACAGUUUUGGAACAUUAAGAGUUCUCUGUGUAAAAGGUGGAGCCUUCUUUCCAUGAAGGGCAGAGCCAUUGGAGUUCCUUCUGAAGAGGGCGGAGUCUUAAUACUUCUCCCUAGUAGAAGGCGGGGUUCUGAAUGUGAAGGGUGGAGACUUUGUAGUUCUCUCUGUGGAGGACGGAGUCUUAGAGAAUUGUGGUAUGUGCUCAUGAUCACAGACUCCAAGACAUGCCUACAUUCCCAUUUAUGGCAUUAAAGGCAUUUUAGUGUGAGCUUUUCUCAUUUGCAUAUUAUUGCCUCUUGACACGCCCAUAUUUCAAGAUCUAAAUUACACCAUGGCUGCAUUGCUGAAGAGAACCUUUUGUGGGUGGAAAUCAACUUGAAGUCAAUGUUUACAUGUCUAUGGAGUGGGCGGAGUCAGUCACAGACGCACACUGAUGACAUAAGAAGGUGUGAUUAAUAAAAAUAAACGUUCCAGUUGUCCCAGUUUCACACUGCUGGAGUUGAUGGAAGAGGUGGACCGUGUACGUUGACAUUUUCGAGAAAUGAGCCACAAUUUGAAAGUUUUAUGAUGAAAAUGUGACACGCGUCACCUGUGUGUGUGUUUGUUUGUGUCCAAAUGAAAGUUCUUUACCUUUUGAAUAUUGUAAUGAAGAGUGUGAAGUGUGCACAGAAUGUUGAAGAUAAAACCAGGUUAAAGCUGUAUAAUUACUGAAAUAAAGCAGAUUUGAGCAGUAA